GAAAAGAAACACCAACAACAAUAACGGCAACAGCCAGUGCAAAAGGUAAAAAGGAAAUAAACAAAUUUGCGGUGUGCGCAACAAACACGCAAACCAAGCAAAAGAAGGAAGAAAAGGAACACGCAAAGUGUGAGUGCGUCGCGGCGAGCGCCAAAGCCAAAGCUUAACAGCAGCAGCCACAGCCAUAGCCGCAGCAAAAAGCAAGAACACAGAAGAAGAAUUAGAAGAGAAAAAAAAAAAAAAAACAGUAACAAUAGCAAACAGUCGACGCGGACUUCAUGCAGAAAAAUAAGAAACAGCACAAAACAUCGCCCCGGUCAUCAAAAUGAGCGCCCUCGAUGCGUACCUAAAGCGUCCAGCGAAAGCGGCGUCCAGGUCGACCUCGGAGCAUUCCAGCGGCGAUCAGGCGGCCCAGGCGGACGUUGAAGAUCUCAAAACAGACAUUCCCUACUUUGACGAUCCGCAGCAGCAACAGCAGCAGCCGCCGCAGCAGCAGCCAGAGGCUGAUCCACAGCAGCAGCAGCAGCAGCAGCAGCAGCAGCAGCUGGGAGGAUAUGCGUCCGCCUGGUCGCCCGCUGAGGAGGCAGCCUCACCCGAGACCCAGCUGACCGAGGAUUUGGAUCUGGAUGAUAGCUAUACGGACUCGGACUAUGCGGCCAGCGGCAGCGCUGCCAAUAGCUACUAUCAAUCGCCGACGCCAUCGAAUAGUGACAUCAUGCUGCGGCCUCCCUCCAAUACCAGCUUCCAGUACAGUUAUCCAUCGUCGGGCACUGGACCGGGUCCGGGUGGCGGCGGCGGCGGCGGCGGUGGCGGCGCUGGUACCAACAACAACAACAACAACAAUAGCAGCAGCAGCAGCAGCAGCAGCGGGCGUCAGCAUGCCGCCUAUGGACAUUCCCAGACGCUGGCGUUGCCGCCGCCGCCAUCGCCGAGCUCAUCCUCGACCAAUAUGUACCCGAACAUGUGGUAUCCGAAUGCAUCGUAUGGCAAUUCCGGCGCUGGCCACGCCUACGGACGGUAUGCGGGCUGUGGUGUGCCGCCGAGUGCGGCUGCGUAUGCGGCGGCCGUAGCACAUGGCAUGUUGCCACAUGGCCAUCAUCAUCCGCAUGCGCCGCUGCAUCAUCCGCAUCCGCAUCCGCUUCCACAUCCGCAUCAGCAUCAGCAUCCGCAUCCGCAUCCGCACGCACUUCCGCAUCCGCAUCACCAGCAUGCGCACCACCCGCACACGCACGACACGAUGAUGGAAAUGUUUCAUCUUUCAAAUAGCGGGCGUGAGGCACGCAACCGGGCGGAAAAGAAUCGAAGAGACAAACUGAAUGGCUCCAUACAGGAGCUCUCCACCAUGGUGGCCCAUGUGGCCGAGUCACCACGACGGGUGGACAAGACGGCGGUGCUACGUUUCGCAGCGCACGGACUUCGCCUCAAAUACGUUUUUGGCAAAACGCUGCAUCAACAGCGGCCGCAGGUGACAGACACACUGAUGGGCAUGCUGGAUAGCUUCUUUCUCACGCUCACCUGCCACGGCCAGAUCGUGCUAAUAUCGUCGAGCAUCGAACAGCAUUUGGGACAUUGCCAGACGGAUCUGUAUGGCCAAAGCAUACUGCAGAUAACACACCCCGAGGACCAUGAAAUGCUCAAGCAACAGCUCAUACCCACCGAGCUCGAGAAUCUCUUCGAUGCGCAUGCGGAGCCGACGGAUGCCGACGGCGAGCCGCGACAGCGCAGCAAAUCCGAGGAGGAUUACAUAGAUCGCAAGCUGCGCGAUGAUCGACGCAGCUUUCGUGUACGUUUGGCGCGCGCUGGCCCCCGCUCAGAACCGACCGCCUAUGAGGUGGUCAAAAUCGACGGCUGCUUCCGGCGCAGCGACGAGGCACCACGCGGCGUACGCUCCAAUACGUUCAGCUCCAGCCUGCAGCUAAUAAGACGCACGCGUGGCCGUGACGAUGCCAUACCGCUACACACAAUUAGCGGCAACGAUAUUGUGCUGACAGCUUGUGCGCGCAUUAUUCGGCCACCAAAGAUCGUGAAUCGACUGUUUGAUGCGAACACGCUGGAGUAUCGCACACGGCAUUUGAUCGAUGGCCGCAUUAUAGAUUGCGAUCAAAGGAUCGGCAUUGUGGCCGGCUAUAUGACGGAUGAGGUGCGCAAUCUGAAUCCCUUCACCUUCAUGCACAACGACGAUGUUCGCUGGGUGAUUGUGGCGCUGCGGCAGAUGUACGACUGCAACAGCUCGUAUGGCGAGUCAACGUAUCGGCUCUUCACGCGCAACGGCAACAUCAUUUAUCUGCAAUCCAAAGGGUAUCUGGAGAUCGACAAGGAGACGAACAAGGUGCAUUCGUUCGUCUGCGUCAACACGCUGCUGGACGACGAGGAGGGCAAGCGACGUGUGCAGGAGAUGAAGAAGAAAUUCUCGGUCAUCAUCAAUACACAAAUUCCACAGUCGACCGUCGAUGUGCCCGCAUCCGAGCAUCCAGCGCAGCUGGAGAAGGCGGUGCUCUGCCUGAUACAGAAUCUGCAGAGCAGCCAAGCGGAACAGAACGGCGAGCAGCUGGACGCAGACGAUGAUGAUGACGAUGCCAACGAUGAUGGGGACGAGGUCGACGAGGAUGAUGGGGAAGACGGCCUGGCGAGCCUGGCCGCCUUGAGCUAUCCAGACUCCCAGCAGCAACAGCAGCACCAUCAUCAACAUCGUCAUGGACAUUCACAGCAUAGCUUCCACGAUGCCGGCUCCAUCUCACAGACACGUCUGGGUUCGGGCCAUAGCGUGGGCAGCUCGAAGACCCCUCCACUGGCGCUAGUGCCGCCCGAGACGGCGUCGGUCAAGUCCUCCAUAUCGAAAAGCGUCAGUGUGGUCAAUGUGACAGCGGCCAAGCAUUUGCGUGGCCUUCAGGCCGCAACGGCGACCAAGUCGCCCAGCUCCAAGACCGGCGCGACGUCGACGCUGCUCGACAGCUGCACUUGCAGCUGCCUGGGCGAGGGCGACUGUGACUACUGCCAGGGCCCGCUCACGCCCGAAACGGUCAUCAGCGGCACAUCUGCGCCGCUCAAGCGCAGCAGCAGCGGCGCACCGAACGCAGCUGGCCCAGCCGAUGCCCUGGAGGCGGACAUUAAGCUGGCCAAGCGGCGCUUCAUGCCGAGCACAGCAGAGAUUGAGCACGUUCUGAGCAAUUCCCUGGAGCAGAUCGAACGCAACCUGCACCAGCAGCUGAACGUGGCUGCCCAGCUGCGUGAUCAGAGCAAUCGAUACGAGCUGCCGCAUGCCAAUCAGCGCAUCGAUGAGAUCCUGGAGGAGCACCAGAAGCAGAGCAAACUCUACGUGAACAUCAAGAGCGAAUACGAGGAGCAGCUGCAGAGCAAGGCGAAUGCCACCAAAACGGAGACCGAUAGCCAGGGCAGCACCAGCAGCGGCAUACCCUAAACGGGGCCAUACCCAUAUAGAUAUACCUAUAUACAUAUACCUACAUACAUACAUACAUUUAUGUGUGUGUAUACAAAUUGAGGGUUUCAGCUGAUGUGAUAAGCAGCGCAAGCGAGUUGAAGCUUUACUCCGGGGCAAAGGCAAAGGCAAAGGCAAGCAACUCUUACAAGUGUUACAAACUAGCUAGAAGAAAAUGCUUUCUUUGGCCCACCGAAGCUUGAAUACCCUUGUGGACAGAUGGCCAGAGUCUCUGUUGAUCAUAUAUAUAUAUAGACAUAUUUGAAGACAAUUAAAUGCAGCCUCAACUGAGUUUGGCAAACAGGCUGCACAUAUAGAUCGUAUAUAUAUAUCUAUACAUAGAGAGAGAGAGAGAGAUAGAGAGAGUCACUCUGCAGGGGUAAAAACAAAGGCAAAUUGAUGUACUUUAAAGUGCUAACACAAACCUAUUUACAAUGAAAAUGCGUAUAGGGAUCUUUAAUGCUAUAUAUAUAUAUAUAUAUAUAUAUAGAUAUAUACAGCUAUAAGUGGAAUCGAACUAAUGAGUGAGCAUGCAACAAAA